CUCCUUCUGACCUAUCCCAGGGACAUCCAGCUGGGGUGCCUAUCCACCCCACACACACAAACACACACACCCGCCCAGCCUCCCGGCUGCGCCACUCAAACCCCCAUCCAUUCCUUCCUUGGCAAUGUAGCUUUUGGCAAAGUCUCUCGUUUCCUUUGCAAGUUUGGGAGGAGAGACCAAGAGAGAGGAGGGAGCCGGGGUGGGGGGAAGGCCGGCCGGUGGAGCUCACUAGAGGCCCUCAAGCAGCCAGCUGGCCGGUCGGAAAGUCUGUUCCUCCCGGGAGAAGCAAGGAGAGAAAAACCCCAAAGGGAAACCAGGUUUCAGGAACAUGGAGCGGACGCUGUCCCGCUUUCUCUUCUUCCUGGCCCUGGCCAAAGAGGCGGCUCAUUUGGAAGACAACAAGAUCCCCAGCUUGUGUGCAGGGCAGCCGGGUCUCCCCGGGACCCCUGGAACUCACGGCCACCAGGGUUUGCCCGGCCGGGACGGUCGUGAUGGACGAGAUGGGGCUGCAGGCCUGCAGGGAGAGAAGGGCGAAAUUGGCCAUCCAGGACUGACAGGCCCCCGAGGGGAGCCAGGCAGCCCUGGCACCAACGGGCUCCUGGGAGAGAAGGGGGCCCAGGGGGAGUGUGCAGUUGCACCCCGUUCGGCCUUCAGCGCCAAGCGCUCCGAGUCCCGCAGCCCCCCUCUGCCCGACGAGCCCAUCGUCUUUGACAUCGUCCUGAUUAAUGAGCAAGGCCACUACAAUGGCAACACCGGCAAGUUCCUCUGCGAAAUCCCGGGGCUCUACUACUUCGCCGUGCAUGCCACCGUCUACCGGAUGAGCCUCCAGUUUGACAUCAUGAAGAACGGCAAGUCGGUUGCUUCCUUCUUCCAAUUUUACGGCAACUGGCCCAAGCCGACGUCCCUGUCCGGAGGCAGCCUGGUGCGGCUGGAGCCGGAGGAUGAGGUCUGGGUGCAGGUGGCGGUGGGCGAGUACACCGGCUUCUACUCCAGCGUGAAAACUGACAGCAUCUUCACAGGGUUCCUUGUGUACUCCUACUGGCAAAACUCCCCCGUCUUUGCUUGAGAAGCAGCCCAGGAAAAGCUGGCAUCCUGACAUCUCACAUCAUGCCCUGAUUUGCAUCAACAGCCCCGGGUCCCUUCCUGGCCUGCGGGUGCAACACCCUUUAGCUGACCCCAUUGAGACCAGGAGAUUCAGGGGGGACAGGUUUCCGUUAAUUCCGGGUGCGCUGGGGCACCGCAGAGAAGCCAGCACUUUUCUCCUGCAUCACCUUGAUACAGAUAGUCCUUGACUUACCACCAGUUGUGGGAUUCAGCCAGUUUGCAUCAGUUCAGUAGAACCGGUAGCUAAAUUUUGCUGCAUUCGGAGAACCGGCUGGUUUCCAGAAGUCCAGUCUAGG